AUGUGGAGGCUGGGCCGCGGCCGGGCGCUCCUGCCCCCGCCGCCCGAGGAGGAGGACGGGCUGCGCGCCGAGCCGCCGCCCAGCGCGGACGCCGGGGGCGCGCAGGGAGCAGGGUUCCGCGGUUGGAAGGAAGUGACUUCGCUGUUUAAUGACGAUGAUGAGCAGCACCUGCUGGGAAGAUGCAAGUCUCCCAAGUCCAGGGGAACCAGCUUACGGCGGAAGGAGGAGCUGAAGACGGAGAAGAAGUCUGGCUUCUGGGACAAUCUGGUGUUGAAGCCGAGCGUUCAGCCCAAGAAGCCGGACGAGAUCGAGGGCUGGGAGCCCCCGAAGCUCGCUCUCGAAGACGUGGCGGCCGAGUCGGGCGCCCUGAGUGACCAGGCGUCCCGGCCGGGCUGGGAGGAGGGGGCCCAGGGCUCCGGCAAGUACACCAGCCUGGCCGGCCCGGGGGGCGGCUCACGCUGGAGCCUGCGCUCGGCCGGGAAGCUGGUCAGCAUCCGGCGCCAGAGCCGCGGCCACCUCACCGACAGCUGGGAGGAGCUGGAGUGA